GAGGUACCCGCACCCACCAAACCGGGUUUAAUUCCGCGCGGAUCACAGAAAACCCAUCCAUCCAGCUUCAACACACCUUCCAAAAUGGCCGACCUAGACCACAUUCCCCCCUCAACAACGGCAUAUGUAGUCGCUACAGCCAUCAUCGCCGGCGUGACUGGCUACUUCAUCGGACAAGGCUCCUCGCUAGGCCUGUUCUCGAAAGAAAAAGAAGGGUGGCCAAACAGCUACAAUGUGAAAGUGCACCAAGACUCCUCGGACGAAGAAGAGGAAGAGGAAGAGUCCGACAGCGAGGACGAAGGCGAUGGAAGCGAAUUGGCCAACUUCGACAAGAGUGCUGAAGAGGUGAAGCUGGUUCUGGUUGUGAGGACCGAUUUGGGCAUGACGAAAGGCAAAAUCGCCGCUCAAUGCUCCCAUGCUACCCUUGCCUGCUACAAGUACCUCACUGCGCACUCACCAAACUCGUCUAUGCUGCGCCGCUGGGAAUCGCAGGGACAGGCUAAGAUCGCGCUGCAGACCAAGUCGGAGGAGGAAAUGGAGACACUGCAGGCGCAGGCUAUCAGCCUGGGUCUCUGCGCCAGGGUCAUCACAGAUGCGGGACGGACACAGAUCGCCAGUGGAAGCCGGACGGUGCUUGGAAUUUUAGGACCAAAGAGCGUGGUCGACGGCGUGACGGGACACUUGAAGUUGUUGUAACCGUACUUCCAGAGUUGAAUGAAAGCCGAGUAAUGUAGUUACUCCAGCAACGCAUCCCGGAUAGUGAGGUUUAGAACCAACAGCACUACGCCUAAAUGCGUGGUAUACGAAGCACUCUGCUACCUUCACGAGAAAGAUGCCCGAGCGAUCAGUUACACUGCAAGAUAGUCUACUAAUCACUUCUAUCUAGCAUACAGCUGCAGUAAAAUUACGUAGUAACAAGGAAUGUAUGUUGGCUGGCCAUGGUUUUUCCCUAACCUCAUGGGCCAACGGCCAAGUCGGUGAAGGGAGUAGGAAUAUGACGCCGCCGAGCACCAGGCUCUCCAGCCGAGCUCACCGACCCCGAAGGGAAAGGAGCUCAAGACCAGAGCGAACACCCAAUGUCGACCUUUAAUCUGAGAUCUGUCGACCGGAAAUAAUCGACCAUCCAAGAAUGUGAUGGCUCCUUAAGUCGUCGAACUGUCCAGUAAUCAACCGAGACGCAGAGAACAAGCCUCCACGCUCAGGAUCGCUGGAC